UGUUACUGUACACAUUGUAUUCACUAAUAUUUACAUAAUAUUGUGUUUUCUUUUCUUAAUUAAGGCUUUCAAGAGAUGAACGUGUCAUCUGUUAAUGCGACAGGAAUUGUUCGGUAUGCAGACUCCUUCUCUAAAGCUGUGACCAAGAAUGUUAUUGUUGUGUUUAUCGGGAUCUCCAUCAACUACAUCAAUGCGAGCCUCAUUCACACCUUCAGCAAACACCAGAUAUUAUACACGAAUCCUCGGUAUAUCCUUUUUGUUCAUCUGAUGCUCAACGACAUGAUCCAAGUGUCCCUGGCCGUCAUCCUGUUUGUCAUCAGCUACACCAUCUACAGAAUAAAUGUCUCCGUCUGUUGUGUCUUCAUCCUGCUCGCUCUUUUCACCACUGAAAACACUCCUCUGAACCUGGCCUGCAUGGCGGUGGAGUGCUACAUCGCCGUCUGCAUGCCCCUUCGCCAUGUAGAGAUCUGCACCAUCAAGAGAACGUUAAUGUUGAUUGGUUUAAUCUGGACAACAACCAUGCUUUCUGUUAUUUCUGACCUCUUCAUCACUUUUGCCACAGAGCCUCUGGACUUCUUUCAUUCUCAAGUGUUCUGCCUCAGGGAAACUGCCUUCCCAAGUCCCCUCAUCGUCGAGAAGAGGGUAAUCACAUAUUCAGUGUUUCUAGUUAUAGUUUGGUGCACUAUCUUUUACACGUACUUCAGAAUUCUCUUCACUGCAAAAACAGCGAGCAAAGAUGCUAAAAAAGCCAGAAACACCAUCCUCCUCAAUGGUUUCCAGCUGCUGCUCUGUAUGGCAAUAUACGCAGCCCCCCAGUUAUUAGAUGCUCUGCAGAAGUGGUUCCCGAAGAAUUUUACGGACUCUCUCUUUGCUUACUAUAUCGUUGUACAGGUCCUGCCACGAUCUAUUAGUCCCUUCAUCUAUGGAAUACGAGACAACACUUUCAGGAGGUAUUUAAAAAGAUACCUUUUGUGUAAAGACUCCAAACCAUAAGCAACCGUCUAAAACUUCAAUGAGAUGUUUGCAAUGAGCGGCCUUGUUCGAGAGCAUGUAGAUGUUCAUUUUAAAAAAUGUAAUUUCCCAACCCUGGUUCAAACACAGCUGUUACACAUUUGAGUAAUUCUGAACUUCUGACAUUCUUUCAGUGUUGGCCAUUUCAAUGUACAAAAAUAAAAAGUUUAUAUUCA